AUGAACACCAUCAACCACCAGGCCCUGGAGAAGCUGCACUAUGUGACUGAAUUAACGGAGCUGAUCAGAAUCAAAUCAUCUCCCAUCUCCGAUGAUGUAGAGGACUCAGUCGAGUUUGUGAGAUUCUUCCCGGACUUUGUCUGGGCUGUGCGGGAUUUCAUGCUGGAGCUGGAGUUAGAUGGAAACCCCACCACUGAAGAUGAGUACCUGGAGAAUGCCUUGAAGUUGAUUCCAGGUAUCAGAGAAGGGGCAAGGUGGUAG